AUUUACAAAGUACCCAUUCAUAUGAAAACCAUAAAUUUGUUCAGAAGGACUUUGCCGUGGACGUGGGAUUUAGUUCAGAUUAUCGUUUGAUCAACAGCACCAUAUUUGAUUUUCUGAAGGAUAUUUUUUUAUUAAUUUUACACUAAUAGGUAUCAUCAUCUUCAACGGUUUUGAAACGCCCCCUGUGUAAGCGUGUGCUCGUACUGAUAGACACGGUAUUUAUCACUGGUAACAAAUAACCCAGAGAGUCUGCAGUGUUUUAAGUUAGGGAAUAGGCAGACUUCUCGUAAAUUUGAAAACUAGAUGCACCACAACAAAAAUAUACGUAGUUUGCAUUAGCUCUCGAAAAGUUUUUAUUAUAUUCAGGAAUUUACACUUGUAUCGUUUCAUUAUGUGGAAAUCAUUAUCAGCCGUUUUAUUUUGCUUCAUUUUGUCAGUAGUGCUUUAUUCCAGUCUCACAGAUGCACAAACAGCACAACGGACAGUUAAUAGAUUCCAGACUUGCAGAGAUGUGAAUUUCUGUUGCCCUGGACGAAAUAACACGUGCUAUGCUUUCGGACCUCGAAGGGACGGCAACGUAAAUGAAUCAAAAUGUUUUUGCGAUGAUAAUUGUAGAGCAAUGAAUGAUUGCUGUAUAGAUCAUGAAAGUUAUUGUGAAUAUCAAAGAGGACAAGACUGUGUGCUGAGUACAUGGACUGAAUGGUCAAAGUGUGACAGUCAAUGUGGCAAGGGUAUCCAGAAACGUAAACGUCAUGUCAAAGAGUCAGCAGCCCAUGGUGGCAAACCCUGUGGUCAUCAGAGACAGAAGAGGGUCUGUUAUAACGAAAACUGUGAAGAUAUACAAAGUGUAGAAUACUCAGCCAGAGAAUUGAGAGAAGUAGGAAGAAUACUGCCAGCAGAGUUUGGUAUUUACAGAACAAGUGAAGUCUAUAAUCCACUUAAAGGCAUCAGAAAGAAUUUACCAUUCUUCACAGAUCUAAAGAAUGAAGUACCCACUGUCACAGCAUACUGUGGAACCUACAAAAUAACAGAAUCCUCCAGUAAAUGUACCAAUACUACACAAGAUAAUCAUAGCUGGGCUAAUGUGUUGAAAAUAAAUGCUGAAGUUUGUGCAGAAUGUCAGCCAUUUGCCAUGCAUAAACAUUUUGGAAUGAGAUGCAAAGGACAUGGUGUACCCGGAAAGGUUACCCGCUGGAGAGCCAUUGAUGUACCUCACUGCAGUGGAAAAUGGGAGCUGAAAACUAUUGACAGAGCUUGCACCUGUAAUGUUCACCAAAACAAAGAUUUCAUCUUCAUCUAAGCUCUUGGUUUUUAUAAACUUGUAUAUGAAAUCAUCUUAAGGAAAAAAGAUCAGUGUACUUGAGAUACUUGGAGACUUGUACUUGUAUGUCAAAUUGGUUGAAUGGUUUUAACUGUAAAGAUUUUUGUGCAUCCAAACUUUUUUUUGAAUUUAGAAUGGUUUUUUUAAUGAUAUUUCUUUACAGAGUAUUUUAUUAUUUUGGUAUUUGUUUGUAAUUUAAUCAAAAUAAGGAUAAGAUUUAUGAUAAUCCUCUAAUUUUUACUCCAAACAUUUUAAAGUCUUAAUACAUACCAUUUAUUGGUUAAAAAAUGUAUGCUACAAAUAUUACAAAUAACCUAUCAGAAUUUAGUGCUACUGUUGUGAUUAAUUUGUGACUAGAAAACUUGGUAUGUAACCCUCAAAUAUGCCAACUAAUACAAUAAAGUUUUUUUCUUAAACUUUGAACACAUAAAAUAGAAUCAUGAUAUUUGACCUCAAAUUUAUACACCCCAAGCCAUCUUUUUCUUCUCACUAAAUUGUUGAAGAUAGGAGCAGAUCUAUAGUAAGAAAUAUUAGCUAAGGCUUUAUAUAUUAUAUUUAAGAGAAAAACAAAGAUGUCACAAUUCUCAAACUGGUAGUAAUAAGAUGCAUUUUUGGGGUCUAACAUUUAAUAAACUCUCCCUAGAUCUUUACAUCCAGCGCAAAAAUUCAUGAACCACAAUAUUGUUCAAUGAGAAUGCAAUUUGACCAUCUUUGUAAACACUUUUGCAGUCUUCGCGCUGAGUGGCAGCCCAGCAGCCCCAGGCUUGUAAAAUUGCUCUCUGGCCUGUAAAAAUCAUAUCUACAGGCCAACAGAAUCUAACUAAAAUAAAAUUAAAAUUGAGCUCCGGGCCUGUAGAUUUAACAGUUCAUCGUGAAGACUGCUUUUGAUGAUACAUUUUGCAUUGUGUAAAAUACUUCAUGUAUUGUUGAGAUAUUCAGCUGUAGUAAUAUUUUACAUUUGUUAUGGUAAUGUUAUAGCUUCACCAUGAAAAUUUAAUUGGCCAGUAAUUUUAUCUCUUUUUAUGUGCAUCUUUUCUGGAGAGUAUAUGUUCAAAAUUAUAAUAAUUUGAAAUAUUGUGUCUUUUAUAGCAAUAUUGGCUUGUAUAGUCAUAGAUGAGUCAACUUAAAAUUGUGAAUGUGAAUUUUACUUGUUUUGCUAUCUGGUGUGAAGCAGCAGUAAUUAGGUUGUCUGUUAUUUAUAAUUUUAUUAAUUAGAAUCACAUUAGAUGUAGACUUGAGUGGUACAUAUAGCCAUGUUUAAUGUUCCUGUGUGUAACCUAUAUUGCAUGCUCAUGAUCUACAUUAAAUGUUAAAGUCUGAGAUAUACUCACAUAACUUCUCAACUCGGUGUACAAAUUGUCAAACUCACAUAACUUAACAUGUCAGUAUGCAAGUUGUAUGACUUAGUUGUUUUCACAGCGCUGUGUACAAGUUAUCUGAUUCACCUUCUUCCCAUGAAAUUCACAUGUUUUCUGACAUAAAUUUUCACACUUAACAUACAAGUUAUCUUAUUAUCAUUGUUCCACACUCAUUGUGCAAGUUGUCUUUUUACAUACUUUCACAAACAGUGUGCAAGUUGUUUGACAAAUAACUUCAUUACUCUUAAGAAGGUCUCAAUGUCCUAUAAAAUAUAAAUGAUUUACUCAAGGCAUUUGUGUACAAUUUGCCUCUCUUUUUGUUAAUUUCAAUGAGUCACAAACAUUGAAUGAUGAGCCACUCUUUAUGUUGAGUUUUGUAUUAGACGUCAUAUAUGUCUUGUGUUUUCAGUACCAAUUGUGCAUUAUAUCAAUACAUUGAAAUCUUUUGUAUAUUCAUAUAAGUUAAUUUUAGAUCUGAAUUAUAGCAAGAAUUUGUUUAAUCAAAUGCAAGAUCUAUCUCAUAGUUAUGUUAAAUAUGUUAUUAUUGUUUAGUUUACAUACUUUUAUCACAAAAUACACCAAUUUGAUGAUUUAAACAUCUUUUUUGAUGCAAUCGUCAUAAUUGUACAUUUUAAAACUAAAAUAUUUCCUAAAUUGUUAAUGUCAACAAAGAACUUGUUCUCUUCUUCUCUGUGAAACUGGUAAACCAAAAUGAGUGAUUUUUUUUCUCUCUAAUUGACUCUUGGUUAAAAAGUUUGAGUUUAACAGACUUAAAGAUUUUACCAAUUUAUAUUAAAAAUUAAAUGGGUUCUUGAAAUGUCAGUGGCAAGGGAAAAUAUUGUUAAAACAAGCAGAUUAUUUGAGAUUUUGUUUAUGUAAUAUAAUUGUAUCAAAGCAUAUAUAGAUAUCAACAUAGAUUUAAUUUGAAAUAAUUUUUUAACGUUUUGUUGAAAAUGUUUGUAGUAGAUUUUUAUCACUAACUUGAAUAUCACUAUGAUACCAUACUUGAAUAAUGGGUGAUUAUCUGUUUAUGGUCACAUAUAUCUAAAUAAUGAACUCGGCAUGAACAGGAACUACAUUCUUCAGGUAAAAAUAGGAAAUCCAUGGUAGUUUGCUUGAACAUUGUUUGUACACACAUACCUCCAAAAGGGUUUUAAUGUUGAGUUUCUGAUAUGAAGGCGACAUUCUAUAUACCCAUAAAUCAAGAGCUUUCUAUCUAAGCUAUCUUUCAGGUUUUCAACAGUAUAGGAAUAUGCAAGAGUGGUGAUAAAUUACUGUAAGAAAGUAAAGAGGAUAUGUGUAGUUUUAAGAAGGAUGAAGACAAUGAAUGCUGAUAAAAUAUGAUAAUAUGUAAACAUUUGGGGGAAAGGCCAAAAGAUGGUCGACAAAGUGGAAAUACAGGGAAUAUAAUUAAAACUUUCUUCACAUAAAGUUUUUUGUACUUAAUAUUAUAAUUUCAAAUCUCUCAAAUCCCACACAAUUGAUCUGAGAGGCACACAUUUGUAUCCCACAUGUCUGGGAAAUCCCCUAAAUGUUGUAUGUGUCCCCUUUGAUCUUCAUUCAUUGAAUCAGUUUUCACAAACUUGGAUUUCCAAAUUUUGACAUGCCUACAACUUCAUACAGAAAUGCUACAUCAUUAUGGAGUUUUUCAAGGUAACCCCUAAUAUUCUUUCAAAAGUGACCAGAGUCUUUUGUAUUUGAUUUAUUUUAAUUGCAAGAAGAAAUUCAAGGAGUGGUAAUAAACUUUUAUUUUUCAUUUCGUGUAGUCAUGUGCAGUGUAGCAAAUCAUGUACAUCUAGGCUAUAGAAUUAUUCUUUUGUACAGAUAUUUGUAAAUAUUUUCUCUAAAUUUUUGAUGCCAUUGUUUAUACUAGCAUGUCUAGCAUAUAUAAAUAUAGGGGUAGAUAUUAGCCUCUGUCCUGUUAUAUAUUGUGUAAAUAACUCAGCAUUUCAGUUUUAUACACUAAAUGGACUUUUAAACAGUAAUAAAUACAUUUAUUUCA